AUGUCGGGCAGUAUACUGGUGACCGGUGGAGCAGGUUACAUUGGGAGUCAUACAGUGCUGCAAUUGCUGCUGGGCGGGUAUAAGGCUGUGGUGGUUGACAAUUUGGACAAUUCUUCCGAUAUUGCCGUCCAGAGAGUCCGGGAACUCGCCGGUGAAUAUGGCGCCAACCUCACCUUUCACCAGAUGGAUCUUCGCGAUAAGCCCGCACUUGAAAAGCUUUUUGCUUCUCAAAAGUUUGAUGCUGUUAUUCAUUUUGCCGGUUUAAAAGCUGUUGGAGAAAGUGUCCAGAAACCUUUGCUGUAUUAUAAUAAUAACCUCAUUGGAACAAUUGUUCUUCUAGAAGUUAUGGCUGCACAUGGAUGUAAAAAACUUGUAUUUUCAUCAUCAGCUACUGUUUAUGGUUGGCCAAAAGUGGUGCCAUGCACAGAGGAAUUUCCCAUAAGUGCUAUGAAUCCCUAUGGACGAACUAAGCUUUUCAUUGAAGAAAUAUGUCGUGAUAUCUAUAGCUCCGACUCUGAAUGGAAAAUCGUAUUGUUGCGAUAUUUCAAUCCAGUUGGUGCACAUCCUAGUGGCUAUAUUGGUGAAGAUCCUCGUGGAAUUCCAAAUAAUCUCAUGCCAUUUGUGCAACAAGUAGCUGUUGGCAGGAGACCUGCUCUGACAGUUUUUGGAUCUGACUAUGCAACUAAAGACGGCACAGGGGUACGUGAUUAUAUCCAUGUCGUGGAUUUAGCAGAUGGCCAUAUUGCUGCUUUGAGCAAGCUUUCUGAUCCUUCAGUAGGCUGUGAGGUAUACAAUCUGGGGACAGGGAAGGGUACAUCAGUCUUGGAAAUGGUAGCUGCAUUUGAGAAGGCAUCCGGGAAGAAAAUCCCUCUAGUGAUGGCUGCUCGACGACCUGGUGAUGCUGAGGUUGUAUAUGCUUCAACAGAUAAAGCUGAGCGCGAGUUGUCCUGGAAGGCAAAAUAUGGCAUCGAUGAGAUGUGCCGAGAUCAGUGGAACUGGGCGAGCAAGAACCCAUAUGGUUAUGAGAGUCAGAUAAUUUCAGUACUUCAACUUGGACAAAUCUCAAUGUCAAAAGUUGCAAUUGCUUCACCAAAACAAAAAUCAAACAAAAAAUUCGCUCAGGAGAAAAUAGGAAAGUUUGGAGAACUGGUGAUUAAAAUGUUACCUGAAGAUCUUGUAUUCACUCUAUUUUUGCCUUCGGAAACAGCAUUUGGACGCGAUUUGAGAUUGAAUCCAACGGAGAGUUUGGCUGGAGGGAAAGCAAACGAUACGCACGCGAUACUGAGUCGAAUACUCGGAUUUUCAGCUGUACCGAGAAUGAUUUAUUCGGCCGAUUUGCAGCUUGGCAAGGAGAUUAUUUAUGAUUCAAUAUCGGGAUUUAAUUUGUAUUUACUGAAGGAGAUGGGUGGGAAGCUAGUGGUUAAUGGUGUCGUAUCAGAAUAUGUAGAUUUGAAAUUAGGUAAUAUAUUAGUGCAUGUGAUGGAUGGGGUGAUUAUGGAUUCUGAAUUUGAGGAAUCUGUGCAGCCUGAUGAAGAAGAAGAAGAUAAUUGA